GGUAAAAGUGAUUCAACUACUGCCAUCAGCCCAUCGGCUGCAGCCCCGACCUCACUUUCUCCCAAUGGCAAGUCAUCCUCCAACGCUCACAACGCCAGCGACGCUCAGGCUCUCGCAAUGCUUAUACAGGACCAACUUGAUGCCAUCAACAAUGAGAUUAAAUUGAUUCAGGAGGAAAAACAAAAUACGGAACAGUUGGCAGAAGAACUUGAAUCUCGUGUGGUACAACAGUCGAAUCCGUACCUUUUUGAAUCGGUGAAUACCGUUGCUUCCCACCAGCCAGCGGGUGUUGGCACCAGUGCCGCGUCGGUGCCCCCCCACCUGCCCGGUUUCGGCCCCACCGGCUGGUCCCCGCCCCCGUCGCCCCUCACGAGGCGCGUGGGCACCCCGCCGACCCUCCACACCGUCAUGACAACCGGCUACGGAGCCCCCAUGGCGCUCACCCAUCGCACCACGCACUACCAGACCGCCCGGGCUGGACCAUUGUACCUCGGAGGAACUCCAGCUCCUCAGCGAGCCAAUUCUGCAAUGGCCCAGCUUCUCUGUCAGCCGCGUUCAGUACACGACUAUGAUGCCCUCCCUUCUGCUGAUCGUCGUUUUCAACGUCAACGUUCGAGUCCCGAAAAAGGUGAAAAUCGGAAUCCUUCUGAUUUCAAUAUAAACUCUCAAGAGAAUCCCUAUGAAUUCGGACCGGACAAUAUUAGCAUCAGCCAGUUGCAAAUGUGGAAGCCGGAGAAUAGAGAUAAGGUCCCCGAGGACUUGUCCUAUCCCGCGCAGAGGGCCUCCAGCAGUUUGGGACAGGCCUACGCAAACCAGCAAAUGAAUGGUGCUAGUGCGCCCUCCCCGCUGAGGCGAUCGAACCUCACCAACACCUCGAACGCCGCCCAGAUACUUAACCUCUCGCCACAAGCUAAUGGCUCUCGAAAUCGCAGCCUGCGGCACCUGAUGGACGCGGAGGCACUGAAGCUGAACGACAGCGGACGCCCCAGCUCGGCCAGUCCCGUGCCACCCAGGCCGCAGGCCCGCGUCCCCGCGACCGUCUCGCAGUCGUCAAGCGCCCCCUCCCCCGAGCCCACAAGUGUUAAUAAUACUAGGCGCCAUUCUGUUCCCUCCUACCGCAUUGCCGUUUCUGCUAGCGCCAUUGUCGCUAGACUUCCAUGCGAACAAAUUUGGCAUGAUUUACGGUUCACAUUUCUUUACGCCUACCACGAUGAAACCUUUUCCGGCCGCCUUCUUAGGACUCAAGUUGGAGGCGUUCCCGUGGCAGCCUCUGGUGCCCUCCUCGAGAGUCCCGGUUCAAGCUCAUCUUCAAAGUCCGACCACUUGGCAGCCAACUCUCAGCAACAGCAGCAACAACAGCAACAGCAACUUGCAUGUAGCGGUGGUGGCGGCCUUGUUCCCGCCUCGUCCCCCUACAACACCCACUUCCCUCACGACGGUGAUGUCCCCCUGAUCGCCACGCACCACCAUCACCAACACCCCUACUCCAACGCCGCCCACUCCAAGCCCCUAAUGCUGCACCGUGUCGGACCUGCUGCAUCCCACUUAGCCCCAUCUCCUACUCCCAGCAAGAAAAAGUCAAUCACCGGCACUUUGGGUCGUAUCUUUAAGCGGGGUGGCAAGGACCAGCCUCAGAUCGGCCUUCCGCUGAGUCCCGUAAUCAGUCAUCAGCAGAGGCUAAACUCGACGUCACCUUCCCUGGGUAUCGCCUACAAUCCACAGGCUGCUGUUCAACUGCAGCAGAAACAACUACUGCAACAGCAACAGCAUUUGCAAUUCCUUCGACAUAAGGAGAUGCAACAGCAGCACUUAUAUCAACUGGCUCAGCAAAGACAGCAACAGCUGGGAGAAAAGCAAACCCCUUAUGGUACGCAUCAAAUAAAGUUGCAGGAUUUGUGUUUGUUUAUCUUGCCUGUUGUAGACACCGAGGACUCAGAUGGUCUGGCUUUGCCAUCCCCCUAUUCCACUGGAAAUCAGUUUGCCAGGCAACUGAACAACUUCGCUGCUGGAACAGGUCUUCCAGCAGCUCAACCACUGGAAGAGCGCCGAAGAAAGAAAAAAGAAGAGCUUCUUGAGGAAGCUAUGGAGGGCCGCCUUCCUUUCGCUCAAUGGAAUGGUCCCACCAUUGUUGCGUGGCUUGAGCUAUGGGUUGGAAUGCCGGCCUGGUACGUUGCAGCGUGUCGGGCAAACGUGAAGUCGGGAGCUGUGAUGGCUGCACUCUCAGAACAAGAGAUCCAACGGGAAAUCGGUAUCAGUAACCCCCUCCAUCGACUUAAACUGCGACUUGCAAUUCAGGAGAUGGUUGCUCUAACCGCCCCCACCCCAACACCUAGGCCCAAUACCAGCCGCCUAGCCUUUGGCGACAUGGACCAUGAGUGGAUUGGGAACGUGUGGUUGCCAGGCCUUGGUCUGGCUCAGUACCGACCAGCUUUCAUGGAGUGCCUCGUGGAUGCCCGCAUGCUCGACCACCUAACCAAGCGCGACCUGCGCACUCACCUCAAAAUGGUAGACGCCAUGCAUCGCACCAGCCUCCUCUACGGCAUCGUCUGUCUCAAACGACUCAACUAUGACAGAACCGAACUCGAACGCCGACAGAGAGAAUGCGUUCAUCGUGACAACAUAGACCUUUUGGUGUGGACUUGCGAACGUGUUCAAGCCUGGCUGGACCAAAUUGGUUUACGGGAGUACGCCAGUCACUUGAAUGGUUCUGGCGUGCAUGGUGGUCUCCUCGGUCUGCACACGGACGUGGACGCCAACCAACUCGCCCUCAUUCUCCAAAUACCCUCCUCGGCCACCAAUGCGCGUCUGAUCCUCUCGCGUGAACUCGAGUCCCUCAUUCAGCGCUACCGAGCCACGGCCCCCCUGGCCGCGGCCGCGCUCGGGCCGGCACCGCGCGUGCUCGCCAUGGAGGCCGCGGCCGCCGCACGCGUCCGCCAGUCGGCCUCCGAGGAUGCCGGUGAAGAGCCCAUGUCUCAACCCACAUCUGUACUUACUUCACAUCAACCUGGUGACAGUCAACCGCAUUUACCAAGCUCCUCUGUUGUAAGCCCCAUAUCUCCAUUGUUAGCUAACACAGUGGUUUUGUUUUUCAAGGAAGCAUUUGAUCGCUCGUAUACUCACAAAAGCACCCGAUUAUUUUCCUACCGCAACUAA